GCCAAACGGAGCGAAGCGGAGCGGAAUACCCUUUUUUUUUUCGAGUGUUUCCUUGAAGUUGUUUUAUCUAAAUAUUUUUUGUUCAAGUGAUUGGUGUGAGUGGAAAGUGAGAAGAUGCUGGGAGCUGCUGCAAAAGGCAGACUCCUGAUGUGGCCAUGCCUUAGCCUUAUCCUGCUACUUGUGGAUGUGGAUGUUUGGCCAGCGGUGGAGGCUUUUGUCAACUCACCAAAAAUCAUCAGCAAAGAUGGCAAUCUGAUAUUUGAGUCCGGUGCCAAUCGGAACAUCAGCUUCCGUCUGUCCGGCAACUCUCGGCUGACCAUCAACGAGGAGUACGAUGUCCUUGAGCUGCUGCUGGCCAGCGUGGGCUCCAAAAAGCGACCCGAUGGCGCCAAGGAUGAAUGGAGCUCGACCGAGGAUCUUGUUGAUAUCCGUGAGCUGGCAGAUCAAUUAGCGGACUUUCAGAGGCGUGCCUUCGGUUCGAAUGGACUCAAGAGCAUGCUGCAACAGCAGUUGAACAGGACACGCGGAUCUCGGACUCUGCUGCGACGCUAUCAGGUCAGAUUGAGGGCCAUGGAGACCAAGGUGAACCGGCUGGAGACGCAGCUGGAGCUCAACAGCUGCCAGAGCGGUCCCUGCGAGAAUGGCGGCAGCUGCUACAACACCUACAAUGGGUAUCGCUGCCAGUGCCGGCCGGCCUUCGAGGGUGCCAAGUGCGAGAUCGAUGUGAACGAGUGCGCCCUGUACGAGGGCACCGAUCUGGCCUGCCAGAACGGAGCUCAGUGUCUGAAUCAGUUUGGAUCGUACAGCUGUCUGUGCCUGCCGGGCUGGCAUGGAAUGCAUUGCACCCAGCGCAAGGGCGACUGCUCACAGGCCAGUGCCUGGGAGCUCUGUGGCCAUGGCGCCUGUGUGCCCAGCUCCGAUGAGGCAGGCUACCGCUGCCUAUGCGAGGCGGGCUGGAAGUCUAACGGCCUCACUCCUGUCUGCGGCGAGGAUGUGGACGAGUGCAGCGAUGCGGCUGCCCACACGCCCUGUUCGACCAAGUGCAUCAAUCUGCCGGGCAGUUUCACCUGCGCCCCCUGUGCCGCCGGCCUCACGGGCAAUGGCAUCAGUUGCCGCGACCUGGACGAGUGCGAGGCCAACAACGGCGGCUGCAGCCUCAGUCCGCGGGUCGACUGCCUCAACACCUACGGCUCCCACCACUGCGGCGAGUGUCCCGUGGGCUGGACGGGCGACGGGCGCACCUGCCAGCGUAACAGUCCGAGCGGCAGCAGUCCCGGCAACUCGGAGCUGGCCACCAUCAGCAGCUGCUCGCAGCGUGGCAGUCUCUGCCAUCCGGCGGCCAACUGUUUCGAGAUCUCCGGCACGGUCGUAUGCAGCUGUCCGGCCGGAAUGGUCGGCACAGGCUAUGGUUUCCAUGGCUGUGUCAAUGGCACGGCCAACAAUUGCAGAUCUAAUCCCUGUCUGAAUAAUGGCAUCUGCUUGGAUGCUGGACCCUCGAACUUUACGUGCCUGUGCAACAGGGGCUUCCGACCGCCUCUGUGCGAGCCACUGCCCAAUCCCUGUGACGCGCAUCCGUGCAAGAACGGGGGACGCUGCAACCCCACCCUGUCGAGUGCAGACGGAUUCGUGUGCCAGUGUCUGCCAGGCUACCGGGAUCGAUUGUGCUCGGUGCGUUUCAGCAGCUGCAAUGCAAUGCUCAGUGCGGAGAGCGGUCGGCUGAGGUAUCCGCCGGAGGGCACCGGGUACGAGCACAAUGCCCAGUGCGCGUGGGUGAUCCGUACGAACGAGUCGCUGGUGCUGAAUGUGACAUUUAGCAGCUUCGACCUGGAGGACUCCACCGAAUGCCGCUUCGACUGGCUGCAGAUCAACGACGGCCGCUCGGCGGCGGCACAGAUCCUCGGUCGCUACUGCGGCAACCAUUUGCCGCACGGUGGCAGCAUCAUCUCAUCGGGCAACCAGCUGUACCUCUGGUUCCGAUCGGAUAACACCACCUCGCGCGAGGGCUUCGAUCUCAGCUGGGUGUCGAUGGAGCCCCAGUGCGGUGGCCGCCUUGAGUUCGAAACACACGGCACCUUGGCCUCGCCCGGGUCGCCGGGCAACUACCCCAAGAAUCGGGACUGCCGCUGGCAUCUGGUGGCCCCCACCAGCAAGCGCAUCAAGCUCACGUUCUUCAGCCUGCAGCUGGAGCAGCACACGAACUGCAACUUUGACUAUGUCGAGAUCAUGGACUCCAUUUCGAACCGGCAGCUGGCAAAGUUUUGCAGCAGCGUCCAGCCCGCACCCCUGCUGCUGCCCACCCACGAGGCCCUCAUUCAGUUCCACUCGGACGCCGAUGGCAGCGACUCUGGCUUUCAGCUGCACUACUCAGUCGAGGAGCGGGUGCCUGGCUGUGGCGGCAUCUACACCAGCAAGGAGGGCUCCAUACGCUUCAGUAGCCUGGCCAGCGAUGUGCCCAUGUCCUGCGAGUAUGAGAUCCGCCUGGCCGUGGGCGAAUCGGUGGGCAUUGAGUUUGUCACCUUCGAAAUGGAUCGCCAGGACUGCCUGGAGCUGUACGAUGUGGCCGUCGAUGGCACCAGCCUGCUGCAGGCCAAGCAUUGUGGCGAAUCGUCCGGCACUCCGCCCAGCUUCAGGUCUCUGUUCAAUCGGGUUCGCAUCAAGGCCUACGCAAGCCGCGGACGCUUCCAGCUCCACUACAGGAUCCUCUGCUCCUACACAUUCGACAGUGACUCGGGCACUGUGCUCUCGCCCGGCUACCCCAAUCUGACGACCAGCGAUACGCUCUGCACCUACACAAUCACGACGGCGCCCAGUAAGUACAUCGUCAUCAAUCGGCGGGACUUCCAGCUGGAGGAUGGUCCACAGACGAGCGACGACGACGACGAUGACGAUGACCAGGAUGAUGCCUGUCUGGGCACUAGUUUAAGGAUGAACGUUGGCAUAAACCGUCAGAUACUGGGACCCUACUGCGGCAAGCGUCUGCCGGACGAUGAGUUCAUUAGCCAGACAAACCACUUGAUCUUGCAGCUUCAGACGGACAGCAGCAGCCGGGGACGUGGCUUUAAGUUUGAUUAUCAGACGGUGGACGCUGCCAGCGAUCAUUGCGGCGGUGUCCACACCAAAGAGGGCAACAUCCGUCUGCCUGUGGACGGGGAUGGCCAAUAUGCGAACGAUCUCACCUGCUACUGGGUGAUUCAGGCGCCGGCGCGGAAGGCCAUACGGCUGCACUGGGUCAGCAUGGAGCUGGAGUCCAGCAGCGACUGUUCGUACGAUCAUGUGGAAAUAUUCGACAGCAUGGAUGCCUACAGGCCGGACGCAAAGCCGCUGGCCCGCUACUGCUCCAGCGCAUUGCCGGAGGACUUUGUCACGCAGGCGCGCAUGCUGACCAUCAAGUUCAAGUCGGACUACAGCAGCGCAUACGACGGCUUCGAGCUGGCCUUCAGCUUCGUGGACACCGACAGAUGUGGCGGGCACAUACACGCCUCCAGCGGAGAGCUCAGCUCCCCCGGCUAUCCGAUGAACUACUCGGCGGACCUCGACUGCGCCUGGCAGCUGACCGUGGCCCUGGGCCACCUGGUCGAGGUGCAGCUGGAAAUAUUCGAUCUGGAGAGCUCCGCGAACUGCAGCCGGGACUACCUGGAGGUGCGCAACGGAGGACAUGUGUCCUCGCCGCUUAUCGGACGAUUCUGCGGCUCGCAGAUUCCCACGCGCAUUCCCAGCUUCAGCAACGAGCUGCGUCUGGUCUUCCACACGGACGCGGCGGUCAGUGGGCACGGCUUCCGUCUGCGCUGGCGCGUCUUUGCCAACAGGUGUGGCGGUCGGCUGAGCUCCAAUGACGGAGCGAUUACCUCGCCCCGGUACCCCAACAACUAUCCGCACAAUAUGCACUGCGAGUGGCAGGUGCGCGUCCAUCCGGGCUCGGCGGUGCAGCUGCUCAUCGAGGACAUGCAGCUGGAGAGCUCCGACUCCUGCUCGUACGACAACGUGCUGAUCUUCACUGGCGACCGGCACCUGGGCGUCGACCCCAAGCUGAAGAUCUGUGACCAGCCGGACGAGAGCCAUCGCGCGCUGACGUUCGAUGGCAACGCGGUGGACAUCUUCUUCAAUUCGGAUGUGAACAAUGCGAUGAGGGGCUUCCGCAUCUCCUACACGACCAACUGUCGCCGCAACGUCACAGCCACCUACGGCACCAUCGAGAGCCUCAAUUACAUGGAGCCCUACUGGGAUCAGAUACCCAUCAACUGCAGCUGGACGAUCCGUGCGCCGAGGGGCAAUCGCAUUCGGCUCGAGGUCUCCCACAUGGAGCGGCACGAGGAGCGCCUGCCCACAGCUUUGCCGGGCGGUGUCUACCUCAUAGAUGGCGGCUCUCUGCUGCCCCUGCUGGGACCGGGCGCCCACAAUGCCAGCGGCGAUGUUGUCACCCUCGUGCACAAUGCCAGCAAUGUCAACUUCCAGCUGGAGUACCGCAUCGAUGGCUGCCUGCAGGAGUUCCGCGCUGAGAGCGGCUCCUUCCAGUCGCCCAACCACCCGGGAAUGUAUCCGAAUAGCCUCGAGUGCUACUGGCUGAUCAACGUACAGAUGGGCGACACCAUCGAGCUGACUGUGACCAAUCUGGACCUCGAGGAGAGUGUCAACUGCACCAAGGAUGCUCUGACGGUAUCCAACCACGAGCACGAGACGUAUGUGCACGAACGCCACUGUGGGGCAACGCCCCAGCUGGUGCUCACCAGCGCUGGACAUCGGAUGCAUAUUCGGUUCAUCGCCGAUGGCUCGCACAAUGGUCGCGGCUUCGAGGCCACCUACCGUACGGUCAGAUCGAAGUGCGGUGGCAAGAUGAGCGGCCGGAAUGGAGUUAUCCAAUCGCCAAACUAUCCGAUGCCGUAUCCGGAGCAGAGCCACUGCGAGUGGCUGUUGGAGGUGUCGCCGCAUCAUCGCAUCGUCUUUGACGUACAGGACAUGGAAAUUGAAUCCGGAUUUGAGUGCUCCUGGGACUAUCUCGAGGCCUUCGACAUCAACGGUGGCGACGACGAUACCGAGGGACGGCGACUCUUCAAGGUGUGCAAUAGCUUUAGCCCGGAGGCGCCACUGAUGUCCGGCUCCAAUGCAGCCAUGGUGCGGUUCGUCAGUGACGAUAGCGUUUCGCAUGCGGGAUUCCGGCUGCACUUCCAUGAGUCGUGUGGCCAGCAGAUCAGCAUCGAUGACACCGACUUUGAGUACCUCAGCCUGGAGCGGCAGGCGGCGCGCAACGAAACCUGCCUCUGGGUGCUGCAGGCUUCUGAUCCCGGCAAGCACAUCAUCUUCACGGCGACCAGCAUCAAGCUGCGUCCGGAGGCCGACACCAUGUACCCCCUAGAGGGCGACUGCUUGCCCGUGGGCGUAAAGAUCUACGAUGGACCUGAGGCUGCGGGCACGCCGCGCCUCAAGUUCUGUCGCUCGCAUCCGCCCGCGAUUAUAUCGAAUGGGCAGUCGCUCACCAUCAGUCUGCCCCUGCUGCUGGUGGAGGAGUUCGAGGGACAUUUCAUGACCAUGGACACGGCCUGCGGCAGCCUCUACACGGCCAUGUCCGGCCGCUUUAGCAGCCCGUACUAUCCCGACAGCUAUCCGCCCAAUAUCGAGUGCAUAUGGGUGCUGUCGGCCAGCCAGGGCAACUCCCUCAGUCUGACCAUCGAGUCGAUGGACCUGGAGCAGUCCGACGGCUGCAACAGGGACUACAUGGAGGUGCGCGAGGAGUUCGAGCGUGGCCCGCUUAUCGGUGUCUAUUGUGGCAAUCAGGUGCCCGGAGCCAUUCACUCCCGUGGCUCCAUCUGGAUCAAGUUCAAGAGCGACGACGACAACGUGGGCGAGGGCUUCAUGGCCUCCUACAACUAUGAGCGACACAACGAGCUGAACGGCACCGAUGGCGUUGUGCAGUCGCCGCAAUAUCCGAGCAAAUUCCAGACCUCCGACCCGUUUAGCUGGCGCAUAACCGUGGACAAGAACUAUGUGGUGGUGAUCAGCGUGCUCCAUCUGAGGGACUUGGACCAGCCGCACUUGCGCUUCUACGACGGCUACUCUGACAUUGGCGCCCCACUCGAAGCGGUGGGCGAUGAGGCCGUCAGGUCGAGCACCAAUAUGGUUUACUUUACGGCCAGUCGGGGUCCCUUCAAGCUCAGCUGGCAGCGCCUGUCCAAGGAGUCGCUGCGGUCGAACCGCACGGCCCAGGAGCAGACACGGCACUGUGGCCAGCAGCUGCUCAGCCUUAACCAGACAAUGUUCACGCUGAACUCGCCCGGCUACCCCGGCGGCUACGAGAAUGGGCUGCAGUGCGCCUGGACCCUGGUGCCGGUCAACCCGGCCAUGCACGCUGUCUUCCAGCUGGUCAAGCUCGACCUCGAGCUCUUUGGCAGCAACGAGUGCAUAGCCGACUACCUGCAGGUCUCGCAGAGUGCCGACAUGCAGACCUGGACGGAGCAGGCGAGGCUGUGCGCCGAACCAAACCUCACAUCGCCGCGCAUAUUCCACGGCAGUCCCUACCUCAAGGUGGAGUUCAUCACGGAUAUGAGUGUAAACAAGACGGGCUUCAACGGGGCGGUGCGCACGGAGUGCGGCUCAGAGCUCUCCUCCAUCAGGGGCCUGGUUAACGUCACCGAGUCGGUGCUGGGCAGCCCCCUCAGGCCCCAAGAGUGCGUGUGGAAGCUGCGCGUUCGCCAGGGGCGUCGCAUCCGCAUCGACUUUCCAGACUUCCAGAUGGACAGCGCCAAUGCCGCAUCUCCAGCGCCAUUCGGCGGCGGCGGGCAGCCAUGCGGCACCUUUCUGAUGGUGAGGAACGGCUAUGCGGCGGACUCGCCCUUCCUGGGCAGGGGCAAGUACUGUGACAGUGGCAUUGGCGAUGUGCUGGAGACAACCUCGAACCGGGCGUACAUCAAGUUCCGCUACCAGGGAUAUCCCCGCUUCAGGGUCAGCUUCCGCUUCGAGGAGCUGGGCCACGCCUGCUCUGGCAGAAUCGUGCUGGGUCCCGCCGCUGGCGAGCAGCAGGUGAUUACCUCGCCCAACUACCCCAAUCUGCCCAAUCCGCACUCGGAGUGCGUGUGGCUGAUCUCUGCCCCGCCCCAGCACAGGAUCUCCGUGCAGUUCUUUGGCAAUUUCGAUCUGACACCUGCCACGGGCGCAGCAGCAGCCGCUACAGCCGAUCCUGCCUAUGCUGCCGAAUGCGAUCGCGAGUUCAUCCAGAUGAACGACGGCAGCACGGAGCUGAAGCCGCAGCUGGGACGCUUCUGCGGCAAUCGCAAGCCAGACACGAUAUACUCCUCGGGCAGCCAGCUGCGGAUCCGCUACUACACGGAGGUGCCGGAGCCGCUGUACGGCUUCCAGGCGCGCCUCAGCAUCGCUCGCUGCGGCGGCAGCUACUUCAGUCCGGAGGGGGAGAUCAGCUCGCCGACGCCGGCCGAGCUGAAGCUGCACUCGGAUCAGGGCAUGGCCCUGGAGGAGUGCGUGUACACCAUCGAGGUGGACAAGGGCAACACCAUCGAGCUGGAGAGCGAGCGGCUGCAGCUGCCGCAGAAGGUGGCUGACAACUGCUCACAUCACACGCACUUGCGGCUGGAGGAGAUGGCGCCGUUCGGCCUGGAGGGGGAGGAGCAUGUCAUCGAUACCCUGCUGGUGUGCGGCACGAGCGACAGGCGGCUCCUGGUGGAGACCAACAAGAUUGUGGUGCGGCUGCGGCUGAUCGAUGGCGAGCUGCAGGAGAACCAGGGCUUCCGCUUCCGCUACAAGGCGAUCGGCUCGCGGUGCGGCGAGAAGAUCGAGGCCAUGCAGGGAGUGCUGCAGUCACCCGGCUAUCCGGACGGGGUGACCCAUCCGAUGCACUGCGUGUGGCGCUUGCAGGUGCCCAAGGGACGGCGCGUCCGCGUCGAGAUCCUCGACUUCAAUACCGGCGGAGAGACGUCGAUCAGGGAGUCGCCCGUCUUCCGGGGUCGCCUCACCUUCGCCAACGACCACAAAAUGCAGUCCAUUCUCGGACGGUACAGCGCCGACCCACCCGCCGAGAUAAUCUCCUCGGACAACACGAUGGGCAUCGAUGCCUUCCUGCUGCCCUUUAGCCGGCACCGCGGCUUCAAGCUGCGCUUCACUGCCUACGGCGAGAGCGAGUGCCGGGGCCUGAAUAUCCGCGAGGGCCAGCCCGGCGAAGCCCUCCACUUCGAGCGGCACAACCUGAGCAGCCUGGUGCACUGCAGCUACAACCUGAGCCCGCCGCCCAACGCCACGAUCCUCCUCCAGGUGCUGCAGUACAACAGCAGCUCCGCGAUUAUGCGGAACGAGCACAUCUGCGGCCUCCUGUCGCCCCUCAAGCUCUCCCGCCCGGAGCAGUCGGAGCCGCUCCUCUCGCACCUACUCUGCGGCUUCCUGAGCAUUGGGCCCGGGGACAGUGUGCCCACCGUGCGAGUGCCCUUCCCCAUCCAGCUGACCGUUUCGGGCAGCGUUCGCAACGAGCUCAAGCUUCUGCGCCUCGGCUACAGCAUGCAGUCGUGCGGCGGCAUUUGGCCCCUGGAGCCGGGCGACAAUCUGACCAUCCGCCAGCCGUUCGGCAUGAGUGGUGUGGCCGGAGCCAUCGACUGUGCCUGGGCCAUUGGGCCCGACAUGGAUGCAAGCGGCGAGGACGGACCAUCGCCGCAGGACAUCCAGCUGGAGGUGUCCCUCACAGUGCACCUACCGAAUGCCGAGGAAGGUGGAGCUGGUGCUGGAGCUGGAGCUGCAGGGGGCUGCCAUAAGCAAUUUCUCAAGGUGUACAACGGUCCCGACCAGAACUCUCCCUCGCUGGGCGUCUACUGCGACCAGCCGACGGACCUGAAUCUGGUGGUGGAGCGCGGACUGUUCCUGGAGUACCAUGCGGACCGGUACGUGGCCAACUCCACCUUCAAUGUGUCCAUCAAGUACGGCUCGGGGUGCGGCGGCAAGCUCAGCUAUCCGUAUCGGCACGUGGACUUCAGCGAACAGUACAAGAACAAUGUGGAGUGCGUGUGGGAGGUGGAGUCGGAGCCGGGCUACCACAUUGGGCUCUCGUUCCUGGGGCGCUUCUACAUCGAGGACAGCACCGGCUGCACCAAGGACUAUCUGCUGGUGCAGCAGCGCAACGAUUCCAGCGGCAACUGGACCGACCUGCAGAGGAUUUGCGGCCGGGCACCGCCGCAACAGAUCAACACCACGGCCCCCUUUAUGCGGCUUAUCUUCCGCUCCGAUGGCGAUGUGGUGGGCGACGGAUUUGUGGCAAAGUUCGAGCGCAACUGCGGCGGCACUCUCUACGCCACAUCCGAUGAGCAGGAGCUGACCAAUCCCGGCUACCCAGGCUAUGACAAGAAUCUCAUGUGCAGCUGGACAUUCGUGCCCCGGCAUCCGCACGCCGCCGGCGUCCUGAUCAGCUUCCUGCAGUUCGACCUGGAGCAGGCACCCAUAAGUGUCUGCCAGUUCGACAAUGUCACCGUGGUCACCAGGGACUCCGGGGACCGCGUGCAGCAGGCCACCAUAUGCGGGGUGAAGCAAAACCACGAGUACCGGGCCAAGCAGUCCAUCGAUCUGACGCUGCGCACGGACAGCAGCUACAACGGGCGGGGCUUCCGGCUGGUGUACAGCACCCAGCUGUGCGGUGGCGUCAUCAGCGAGUCCGGCGUGCUGGCCUCGCCACGGCAGCACACUGACGACAAGCUGCCGCCGAACAGCGACUGCUACUGGAACCUGACGGCGCCCGCCGGCCACAAGUUCACCAUCAAGUUUGAGCUUAUCGACUUUGAGGCGCACUCAAGCUGCUCCUACGACGGUGUGGAGGUGUUCGCGGGGGCGGUGCCGAACGAGCGGAUGCGGGCCGGCCGCUUCUGUGGGCACAUCACCGAGAAUCUGCCCACGCUCAGCGUGGGAGGCGAUCGCGCCCUGAUCCACAGCUACUCCGAUGACCGCGAUCCCUCGCGGGGAUUCAGGGCAUUGGUGCGAGUGCUGAAAAACUGCGAUGCGCACAUCCACGUGAACAGCUCCCAGAGGUACCAGUUCGACAUGUUCUUCGGGCAGGAGGGCUACGAACACAACCUGGACUGCAACAUCGUGUUCGCUGCAGCGGCCGAUCAGCAGUUGAGCGUGGAGUUCCGCAGCUUCCACGUGGAGCAGGCGGCGGACUGCGGAAAGGACUUCGUUGAGCUGCGCGACGGGGCCGGGCCCUUUGCGGAGCUCAUUGGCAAGUUCUGCGGCCAGGAUCAGCCACCCAUCCUGAUCACCACGCGGCACACACUUUUCCUGCGCUUCUUCACGAACGCCGACAUCAAUGACUCCGGCUUCGAGAUGUACGUCACCAGCAAGCCGCGUCUGUGCGGCAGUCCCGAGAUCAGGCUGGACUCCACCGGUCUCAGGCAGGCCACCCUCAGCUCUCCCGCCGCGGAGCCUGGCGGCAACUCCGGCAACGGCAACGGCAACGGCGUCGCCUGCUUCUGGAAGAUUGUCGGGGAUGCGGCUCUCAAUCUUGAGUUCGUGAGCUUCGAUAUACAAGGACCCGAUGCGAAUGGCAGCUGUGUCGCCGACUAUCUGAAAAUCUACAACAAUGAGGAUGCCCUUAUGGUGGAGCAGGGCUAUGGCAGUGAGCUUAUUUUCAACGGGCACACGUCCGGCCUCAACAUGCUCAAUUAUGCCGCGGAGCACGUGUACUGCGGCAGCGGCAAGCCGGACACAUACUAUGCGAAUGCCAACGAGGUGUACCUAAAGUUUCGCACGAAUGGAGCGGUGACUAGGCCCGGUUUCCAGAUUCGAGCAUCCCUGGACUCGGACUGUCAGCGCCACUACGGCGGGCUGCAGGGACGAGUGCGGCUGUCGGAGACAGCCGACUGCGAUGUCUAUAUACGGGCGCCUGCCAAUUACACGCUCAGCCUGUACCAUGCGGAGCUGGUGUUCUCGUCAUUUGACUGCGAACAGGAGAACAUGGAGGUGUUCGAUAGGAACAACCAGUCGCUGCAGCGCCUUUGCUCCUACCUGGAUCCGGGCAAGAGUAUCUUUAGCCAGACGAACGAGCUGCGGCUGCACAUUAAGACGGGCUCGUAUCUGAGCCGACUGGACCUGACCUACCUGGCCAGCCCCAUCGCGGCGGGCCCCGGCUGCGGCGGCCAGUUCUACAACACUGAGGGCAUCUUCACCAAUCCCUUCUAUCCGGACAAUGUGCGCAACAACUCCGAUUGUCGCUGGACAGUCCGGGUGCCCAGCAACAAUCGUGUGCUCCUGUUCUUCGAGAGCUUCAACCUGGGCUCCAGAAGCACUUGCCACACAGACUACGUGCAGAUUCUGGAGAUGCCCGCGUCGGGCAGUGGCGAGCAGCGGGAGAUGCGACGAUUCUGCGGCGAUGAUGCCCCGCGUGUCUACAAGAGCCAGAGCAGCCAGCUUGACGUCCGCUUCCAUAAGACUGUAAACUACGACGGUGUCGGCUGGGUCAUCAAGUUCUCCAGCGUCUACUCCAACUACCAGAUACCCGCAUAUAUGCUUUCAGCUAGCGAUGCCCAGCCUUAGCGUAAUUAACGAAUUAUUUUAUUUAAUUAUCCAAUUAACAGAGUGUAACACAAAUGUCCCAAGACGUGCUCAAAAUCUGAUUUACCAUAUAAUAAAUCUGUUAUCGGUAUGAAC